ACGGAAGCGGGGGGGGGGGGAUGAGACACCCCUUGACCGAGUACGGAGGGCAGUAUGGGCGAUGCUGCAUGCCGAUGAUGCCGGCGUCAUAUCAAGGUCUGCAGAGGGACUGGCGAGAAUGAUGACCAUCAUCGUUGAGGUGUUCGGGGAGUUCGGGCUGACGGUGUCGGAGAAGAAGACGGAGACGCUCCUGAUGCGCGCGAAGGACAAGCCGACUACAACAUUACAGCCCGCCCCGCCUCCACCGCUGACCAUCGAAGCCGCGGUACAGAAAUACGCCCAGACGACCGAGUUCCGGUACCUCGGUGGCCUCGCCAACGAACAUGGCGACCUCGCCCGGGAGAUCAACUACAGGAGCAGAGGAGCGUGGGCGUGCCUCAGGCGAUGUGGCCGGGAGCUCGUCGACAGACCGAAAGCGCCGUUCCGACUCAAGAUCCGCCUGCUCCAGGCGGAGGCGAUGGAGGCCCUGCUGUACGGCUGCAUGACGUGGUCAACACUCAGCGGCCACUAUCAGACGCUGGGGUCGAUAGACCACCGACUGCUCUUCGAGUUUUCGGGGGGGGGAGAAGCGACGUAGGGGGGGACAGGAACAGAACUGGCCGAUGUGUGUGCUCGACGACCUGAAGGCAUUCGGGGCCGACCGCGGAUCUACGAAAACCGAUCCAACCCUAGUUUUAGUCAGGGUAAGACGACUUGGGGUAGUUUAAUCGCAGUAUAUGUUGAGGCGUGAUGUAAUGGGCUUGAAAAUGAUGGCUCUGGGAGCAGGGUUGGAGUUAGUUCUGGUUUGAGAUACCGUCAAAUAAGGUCAUGAAAAGUGUCUGAGGUGGAGACUAGAAUUGAGAAGGUGUGGGAUUAUGGUUGGAAUGAUGAGCUUAUGAGGGAAUUGCAGUUAGUUGAGAGAAAGUGAAGAGGCGCAAUUAGCUCGCGUCAGCUGAUGUCGCGUGCCCCCCUUUUCCAGUGUUCCAAGUCCCCUGCUGUUCCCGGCCCACGAACGCCUAAGAAACACACUUUGAUCGCAAGCAACUUCGAGACGCGCAAACCCACGACCCCACUGGCACAUCUACACACGUAUCUACGGGCAAUAGGCCACCGCCGGCCGAUUCCGAUAGGCCACUGAUUCCACGUCACUGGCACCGAAGGAGGGGCGACGUUAGCGCACCGCUUGCGGUGUGUUCUUCCCAUGGCACAGAGAGGUGAGGGGCGGGAAGUGAACAGCGAUGAAGGGAAGGUUGGGCACACGGACCACAGGGGUGGUGGUGGUUCUAAGGGUGGUGGGAUGGAUGAGUUGUCGACCGGAGGGGAUGAGUAGGCGGCUAAAGCGCUGUCAGUGAAAGGGGAAGGGUGAAAGGGGUGAACGGUAUCGCGAGAACGGAAAGAAGUCUCGCCGGGUGGAGGUGAAGGGCGAAAGGGGUGAAAAGUAUUGCGAGAUUUAACGGAAAUCUCGCGGGGUGAUGGUGCAGGGUGAAGGAGGUCCCGGGUAGUGUGAUGACGAAAAUAAAUAUCGCGGGCGGAAGAGAAGAAAGCAGAGCCAAGGACGGGGAUCAAAACAGACUCGGGGGGGCUGGGGUAAAGAGGAAACGAUUAUCACGCGAAAACAUCGACGACGCGGAGGGUGGGAUUGUAGAGGAGGAAGCGGGCCGAUCGGUGGUGCACAACACCGAGGGCGAUGGCCUGGCGACGGGGAGCGUCUCAUCCAACCACGGGAUUUCCCAGAAUAAGGGGUGCCGAACACGCCCCCUUCGUCAGAUCAAACGAAGUUUAGCAUUGGCAAAAUGGGAAAUGUUGAUGAGAAUGCAAAACCAGCGGGGAAUGCGGUUAACACUCAAAGGAAGGAAAUACGCAAGGCAAAUUAUCCGAGAGCAGUGAGGUGUCCGCUGGAUCCUCAAGCGGAGCACACUGUUGGUCGAAAUGGUGCCAAAAAGGGGUCGCUUAAUAGGGACACUAGAAAGGNGGGGUGCCGAACACGCCCCCUUCGUCAGAUCAAACGAAGUUUAGCAUUGGCAAAAUGGGAAAUGUUGAUGAGAAUGCAAAACCAGCGGGGAAUGCGGUUAACACUCAAAGGAAGGAAAUACGCAAGGCAAAUUAUCCGAGAGCAGUGAGGUGUCCGCUGGAUCCUCAAGCGGAGCACACUGUUGGUCGAAAUGGUGCCAAAAAGGGGUCGCUUAAUAGGGACACUAGAAAGGAAAAAAGCGUUACCGUUGAUCGUGCUGGGGGCAAGCAGAACCAUGAAACUGUUGCUUUACAAGUGAUAGGAGAAGAGGGCGUGAUAGGGGAUGCAUCCGCCUCUGAAAAUUCUCUCAAGCGUGAGGUUGAGAAAACAGCGCGGGGGGGAAGAAAUUUUGGUGAAGCACAGGAAGGAACAGAUCGCAUUUUUGCCGUACAAGUAUCUGUUACUUCUGAGUCAGGACAAAGGAGUGAUGCGGUGUACCCUCCGCCUCCUUGUACGUUGGCUGCAGGUGAAGCGGACUACCUGUCACCAUUUACUCGGUCGGUCGGCGGGGAUUUGACGAUGGAUCGACAUCGGCAUGCGACUAAAGUGCAAGUGUUCGCGGGGUCAAGAGCGACCAAGAUGAUGUCGUGGGAGGCUCUGUUGGAUAGGGGAAGUCCGGCAUCGUUUGUACAAGAAAGGUGGCGUUCAGGCGGUUGUGGCAGAGGGUGCCUCCGCACAUUCGAGACGUCCAUCUCGACUUCAAUGCGAAACUGUGGGAGCCGGAGGACAUUGACAAUCUAGGGACGGGGCAGAACAUGUGCGCGACCUAGAGAGGUUUUUCGAGCGCAUGGCCAAGUUCAACCUGAAACUGGCACCCAAGAAGACGAACCUGGAGGUGAAGGUGGUGACGUUCUUGGGACGUCAAGUC